AUGACCCAGCUCAGCUCGAAGUCGGCCGGCACAAAAGAGGUUCCUGCUGCCUUCGCACUGGGGGACCUUCUUGAUGCCAUCAAGCAGAUCAUCAACAUGCAGGCGCAGCUGGUUACUGCGGUAUCUGCACUCCAGGCUGCAGCCACUGCAUCGGUGGCGGCGACUCCUGGAGAGCCCACCGUGGAGCUCCCUGAGGAUGUGCCCACUGUCGAUCUGCUGACACUGACACUCACAGUCAUCGCACCCGUCAUUGAGCAGCUGGCUGCUGCCCCACCUCCCAUGAUCACUCCUGUUACCAUCAUCGAGCAGCCAGCUGUGGCACCCACUCAUCCCAUCGUCACAUCCAUUGCUGAGCCCAUGGCCACUGUCAAUCCCGUCACCCUCAUCGAGCAGCCGGCCACUGCUCCACCUCUUCCCAUCAUCACCACCACUCCCGCCAUCACCACCGCUCCCGUCCUGCAGCUGCCAACUGCUGUCCUCUUGCCUCCCGUCAUCAUUGAUGCUCCCGUUCCUCAUGCUACAAUGGCUGCUGUCGCAUUUGGACGUCCCCCAGCAUACCACGUGGUUGCUGUCGGUGCUGCUGUGCAACCACCUCCCCCACCUCCCCCUGCUCCUCCUGUGGCAGCCCCGGUGAUCCCUCUUCCUGCUGCCCCAUGCUGGUACAUCGUGGUCAAGGGACACGCUGUUGGCGUGUUCUAA